GUCAAUACAAAAUAAUUAUGAUUAGUGUCAAAAAAAUGAUCAUUGGCUUUGUAGGUGCUUUGCAUAUCGAAAAAUGACUAGCCGAACCAUUUUACAAGUUUUCGAAAAUUACCAAAAGUCUCGUCUCGUGUUCGCUCAAACCGUAAGCGAUUUAGCGUCAAGGCAGCAAAACGUAGAGCUUAUGAAAAGUGCGCAUGUUUUAGAUUUAUUAAAGCCCCUUAUUAUCGAUGUUUGUCCGCAAAUAAAGCAAUGCGCGUCUAUAGCUCUAGGCAGGCUCGUUCACCACGAUCCCCAAAUAGCCGAAGAACUCAUGGAUGUUGGAGUUUUAGGUAUUUUACUUCACAAUGCGGGAACUGGAAAUAAAUUUCAAAAGACCGCAGUUUUAUUCGUCGUAAGAUCCAUAUGCAAGCACAGCGAAAAAAUGGCUGAAAUGGUAAUAAAAAAUGGUGGUCUACAAACUUUAAUUUUCUGCUUAGAAGAUUUCGAACCAGCUGUAAAAGAAUCAGCUGCUUGGGGAAUUGGUUAUAUAGCACGCCACAGCAAAAAAUUAGCCCAAGAAUGUGUAAAUGGUGGGGUUUUGCCACUUUUGAUGCUUUGCUUACAAGAACCAGAACUAAGCUUAAAACAAAUAGCUACAAGCGCAAUAACGGAUAUAGCCAAACAUGGUGAAGACUUGGCUACUGCAGUGGUGGAUGCUGGGAUUGUAGCUUAUCUUGCGAAAAACUUACAUAAUAGCGAUGAGAAGUUGAAGAGGCAAUGCUUAGCUGCUUUAAGUUCUGUAGCAAAACAUUCCCCAGAACUAGCAGAGGUAGUGGUAGAAGCAGAGGUUUUCCCUUCGGUAUCUCAGCAUCUUUCGCAUCCCUGCGCAGCUAUAAGAAGGAAUGCAGCUUGUCUUAUAAGGGAUGUUGCAAAACAGUCAUUAGAGUUAACUCAGCUGAUAGUAAAUACUGGAGGGGUCGGUGCUUUAUUAGAAGUUUUAUUUUCUUACCCCUCAAAAGAAGUCGAAUCCUCAAAUGAUGCUCGAAUCCCCUGUGUUAGUGCAAUAGGAUUUAUUGCAGGCCAGUCUUCUCAGCUAGCAAUGACAGUUCUUGGCUGCAGGACAAUUCAGGUACUAGCCCGGAUUUUAAGUGAAUCAAGUAACGAUGAUCUUCUAACAGUGACUGUUUGGACUAUUGGACGAAUUGGGAGACAUAGUCCAGAACAUUCGUCAGCUGUUGCUAGCGCUAACAUAUUUCCCAGGUUGGUUCAGUUAUACGAAAGUCCAGAUUCAUCGCUAGAUCUAAAAAACAAAAUCCAUGCCACAUUGAAAGAGUGUCUGCAGAACUGUCUAGUUAUAUCUGCCUUAGAGCCGUUACUAGCAACAGCCCCUCCAGAUAUACUGAAAUAUGUACUUGGUCAGUACAGUAAGGUACUUCCAAAUGAUCCUAAAGCUAGAAGAUUGUUCGUUACCUCCGGUGGCCUUAAAAAGGUCCAAUUAAUCGAAGCUAAGCCUGGUAGUACCUUGAUGGAAUACAUCACUGUAAUAAACUCCUGCUUUCCAGAAGAAAUUGUCAGAUUUUAUUCUCCAGGUUAUCCAGACACUCUCCUAGAUAGAGUAGAACAAUAUGCUCCUCAACUUAUGACAGUACUUCGUGAAACUGGUCAGACGAGUGAAGAAAUGCAGACUGAAAUUGUAAAGUCGGUAGCUAGAGAUGAUAUGAGUUCCGAGUCUGGAUCAACCCAAGCUACAGAUGUUGCGGAAAAAUAAAUCUUAUACAAAUUUUAAUAUUCAUUUAUUAUUGAUUUUCAAAAAAUAAUGGUUUUAAUUAAACUAUAUAAAAUAUAA